GGUGCAGGGUGCAGGGUACAGGGUACAGGUCGGGUCUACAGGGGCCGAUCGCCGACUUGUUCGCUGUCUCACUCCUCCCUGCCAUCUGCACGUGGCACUCAGCUGAUCUCACCAGCCGGCUGGCACCGGUCUCUCCAACGGCGUGGAGUGUCUGCGGUCGUAUGCUCUUUUUUCACAGGAUUUCACACACCUCACCACCCACGACACCCUCUCUUCAACACAGACAGGCAUGACCACAGUCGCUGCUCCUGAGCCCGCCGUCUCACAUGCAUACCCAUGGCAUCGUAUUGGCACCGGGAGGCCCGUGCUUGAUCGAAACAUGAGUCGUAACAUCAAACCCUAACACAAAAAACGAUGGGUCUGACAAUUGCGCUACGGCGGGGGUCGUUGCGCACUCCGCAAGGUUCUCGUAACCAUCUACAUCCCCACAACCACGGACAAGCUGCCCAAAUAUGUCGUGUAUGUGGUGCUCGACGUAGUCAACCGGAAAAAAAACACCUGAACCUAUACCUGUCGGUUUUCUAUUUCUUGAAUCUCAGCUGGAGCGUACUACUUUGGUGUUUUGUUUUGUGCUUCUCGUUGCUCGGAAAUGUACCUUGUUUCGCCGUAGGAUGGCGGUCCUGGGCAUGACUGUUGUCCGGAGAAGUCUAGACCUGGGCCUUCACAAAAUACAUACGUACCUCUUCGCACCACAAACCUUUGAUUGAGAUGAUUGAAUCUCUACUUUGCUGCGGGUGUUGUCGUAUGAUGCUUGUAUCAUUUACUCUUCUUG